UUUCCAUAGUCGAACCCCGAAACUGUUGUCUUAUAGACCUCUAUGUUGUUUAUGUGAUACGAUAGUGCAAAGUGACAAAAUGGCCUGGACAUUGUAUGCCGUGUGUUUUGUUUGUGUGUGCUCGGUCAGGACUCAGGUGAUACCGGGCAAGUCCAGGACGAAUGAUGGUGAUUUUAACAAUGUGAACUCGGAUGGAUCGUUUGAUUUUGGGUAUACGAACAAAGACGUCGGCGGUAGCUACCAUUUGGCUCAGGGCAACGUUAACGGAGUCGUGGGCGGUAGGUUCGGAGCGAGGGAUCCUGGGAACAAUGAAGUCAAAGAAACCAUUUAUACUGCCGGACCUAGAGGAUUUCGCGCAAGAGGUCCAAACGUCCACCGCAAGAUAGAUCUGGAUCAGCGACCGCGAGGCAACAUCGGUAACAAGGACGACCCUUACUUCGACCCCAGCGAAGACCCCAGCUAUUCCUACAAGCUAAACACACAGACGUAUUCGAAAAAUGAGAAUGCAGACAGUAGAGGCGACGUUACAGGCCACUAUUCUUUCGUCGACGAUGUAGGCGAGCGACACGACGUGUCAUACAUAGCGGGGCGCGACACCGGCUUCCACGUGUCCUCGGCUCACCCGGACGCGCCCAACCUGAUCGGGUCUCCCUUCCACCGCGCGCCGCUCGUCAGGGGGGAGGACAAGCCCAGAGGCAAGACCGCUGUCCAGCGGGGACUUGACGGCUCUUACAGAUUCAUAUCAGCUGGUCCUGAUCAGAGAAGAACAGAAAGCAGCGACUCGCACGGUAACGUCAGAGGUUCCUACACAUUUUUGGAUGACAAAGGUGUACAAAGGACAGUUCAUUAUAUAGCCGGCCCCGGCAUCGGGUACCGUAUCGUAAAGAACAGCAAUGACCCCAUCAUCCCACCAUACUUCCCCACUCUGCCCAGCGCUUUCGACCCAGCCUUCAACGCAGUCGGCGGUAGUGGUGGGUCCGUGUCUCCUUCCUAUACCUCUAAUGAUGAAGGAGGGGAUGACGUUUUUAAAGGACCAGAUGGAACUGCUGCAUCGGGACAUGUCAAACCACCGCCGUUCCCAUCCGAAAUAGAAAGGCCGAGUAGUCAGGUCAUUAUCCCAUCUGAAAUAGAAGAAUCCCCACCAGACAACGGACAUAGCGGUGAGAGUUACGGGCCAGGACCUACCUACGUCCAAGAAACCGGAUCCGAAGACUUAGGCUAUGUGGACGAGGAUGCCUCUAGUUUCGCAGGCCCAAAUCCAACUCAAGGACCAGGCAAACCGUGGCGUCCGACCAGCAAACCGACCAAACCUUAUAGGCCGACGAAGAAACCUUAUGUACCGGUAAAACCUUCCCAAGGGACGAUUAUUACACCCGGAGAUUUCGAAGUUGAGAGUGGCGAGCAAAGUAAACCAGAUUUUGCGGUAGGAUUCAAUAUACAACACACCAGGCCCGGUGCAACUAUCAUUAGAAAUAUAGGUGAAGACUAUUUUGGGAUACCUCCUGGUGUGUCAGUUAGGGCACAUGUACAAAGUAUUGACUUAUAUCCUUUUAACUCAAAGCCACUUUCACCUUCCGAAGCUCUGGAAAACGAUAAAACAUAACUCUCCAUUACCAAAUCAUCUAAGUCUGUUUCAAAAGUUCAGGUAGGUUCACAUCCAAUUUGUAAAACAUUCAGCCACGAAAUAAUUAUGUGAAUAAAGAUUUUAUAUUGU